AUGGAUGUUACAGAAAAUAGCCCUACCAAUGCCAUUACUAUUGAUAUUAAUAAUGAGGAAUCAGUUGACGUUUCAAUGCGUAUUGAUGCAGCAUGUACUGAAAAUAUAGAAGAGAAAGAGUUAAGCCCUACAAAGAAAAAGGUUAGAGCCAAUGUGGGUAAGCGUAGACUAAGAUCUCCUGCUUGGGAUUGUAUAUGUGUGUGA